CUCAACUUUAACAACACCCAAUCACCAUGCCAUCCUUCGACGGCCUCACGACCAGCGAAGAGGUCCUCGAGGCCUUCGGGUCCCAGAUCAAAGACCGCACCUUCGUGAUCACCGGCGCCGGCAAGCCCAGCAUCGGCGAGCAAAUCGUCAGCUACCUAGCCCAGGGCUCUCCAGCACACAUCAUCAUCGCAUCGCGCACUGAACGCAAAGUCACCCCGGUCCUCGAAGCAAUCAAAGCAAUUGACAGCUCGAUCAAGACGACUUUCGUCCACAUCGACCUCUCAGACCAAGACUCGGUCCGUCACGCCGCCGCCGAAAUCCUCGCCGUGGCGCCCAAGAUCGACGUCCUGAUCAACUGCGCCGGCGUCAUGGUCGUCAAGGAAUACACGACCAGCAAGCAAGGCAUCGAGCUGCAGCUGGCAACCAACCACAUCGGCCACUUCCUGCUCACGAACCUCCUCGUCCCGGCGCUCGAGGCCGCCGCGCCCUCCCGCGUCGUCAACCUCUCCAGCUCCGGCUACCGCAUCUCCCACUUCCACUUCGACGACUGGAACUUCUCCGACGGGAAGACCUACGAUGGCUGGACCGGGUAUGCGCAGUCUAAAACCGCCAACAUCCUGUUCGCCAUCGGCUUCACGAACCGUAUCAAGCACCGCGGCAUUACCUCGACGGCUCUCCAUCCUGGGUAUAAUCUGGAAACCGAGCUCGGGACUCAUCUGGGCCCGGAUGACUAUGCGCUCAUCGAUCCGGUCAUUAAGCGUAACACGGGCAAUGAGUUUGUGUUCGAGGAGCCUCGCUUCAAGUCUCUGUCGCAGAUUGCUGCCACGGCGUUGAUUGCGUCGUUGGAUCCGGAAUUGCCGGAGAAGUCGCCCGCUUUCUUGCAGAAUAGUCGCAUCGACACGCCGGAUCCGCAUGCCACGGACCCUGAGGCGGUUGAGAAGCUCUGGAAGUUGAGCGAGGAAAUCGUGGGGCAGAAGUUUGAGUACUGA